UUCACGUUGAUCACCAUCCCGUGUUUGCAUCCAAUACAUGCACCUCAUUAAGUAUGACCUCAAGGCCGGUACCCGUAGGCUGCCGGUAGAAGCAAAGAGGUGUGGUCGUGUAACCUUUCUCAACAUGGACUGGGGAAAUGCUCGUCAACGCCGAGGCUUACUUCAAAGCGCCAAUAAGUAUUGUGUGCCCUUGAUACAACCGUUGGUCCGCCAUUGCAGCCAUUGACGUAUCAACGUAACAGAUGUCUUGCUACCUCCAAACUGGCGCUUCGGAGGGUGUCGGGUCUGCCAUUUCAUAGCGUCAGCUAUUCUUGUGUUAUGGCCCCCUUUCACUUGGGCUGAGAUACCUUCCCUGAUGGCCAAGACAUGAUGUUAAAAGAUCCUACAACCCUCAUGUCCGCCUCACUCCUGCAAUGUAGGUCCCAUAAAACGAAUCCUAGUCCGCGUAGCAAGGUUGCGUGCAUAGUCUCACCUGGGGAUCGUCUUCCGCCACCAGUGCGCGUAUAUAAUACGUCCUUUCUGAUGUGGUCCUGAACUUUGAGAGUAAAGAUUAUCGCUCUCGAAUCUUGAUCAAUGCUCAUACGUCUUCCCGAUCCGUCCUCCAGAGCCUCUCCCCACCCACAACCAGAGUGCAAUAUGGUAUCCGUAGCAUCCGACUCCUUCGCAAGGUUCGAUUUCAGGAGUCAGAUAAUAGAUAAUUGUGAAUUCUUCGUAUCUAAACACGAUGUCGUCCAAGUGAUCACUACCAAGGUUGCCACAGGAGCUUAUGUGGCGUACGCGGUCCGCUCCAAUGAGAAGUCCCGCGAUGCACUCCUCUGUUCGGAACGUUGCGCCGCAGUGCAAGACACCAUCGAGUCGCUACACAACAAGUCGUGCGAGGCAGUUCAAAACUAUAUCACAACCAACGGGUUCGCCUAUCCCCCAGACCUCAAGAAGACCAAGCUCAGCAGCGACGGCGAAGACGACGAUGACAGAGUCGAAGAGGUCGAAGAAGAGGAUGACGACGACGCGGAUGUGGCGUCAGUCAACUCCGGCCGAUCCGCGUCAUCUACCGUUGCUUUGUCCUGCUGGAACAGCUCUGACGACGAGGCGGCGUCCAUGACGCCCGCCACGUCCGCAGACCCCCACGCAAGCCACGAAAAAGGACAGAAACUCAACAACAUUCCCACCGGUUACCACAACAUCAACACUAACCACGGAGUUCCUUACGCCUCCAAUUUCGCUAGCAAACGCCGCUCCAAGCCACCUCAUGUAGUACCAGGGGUUAUAGGGGCAGGCAAGCCGCCAAGCCCGCACUUCGGUCCCGACGACUCCGACGACGACAUGAUACGUCCGGGGCACAUCCAGCUGCCGCCGCCUCCACGCGUCAAGCCCGUCAAGACCUCCCCCAAGAUGCCCCAUGGCUUUUUCGUCGCCGGUAACGGGACCGCCGCUACCAGCCCUGUGCUAAACAACACUCCUAACAUCGGCACCAGCGCGGGUAACGGCAGUGGGAUGCCUAUGGGCAUGGGCAUGGGCAUGGGGGGUAUGUCCAAUGCGAACUCGUACCGCCCGCCCCCGCCGCCACCAAAUUGGUCUGGCCCGCUACUGCAACACAUGCCGCCGCCCCCAAUGCGCUUCGUCCCCGGCCCCCCGCAGGUUCAGGCCCCGCCUCAGCAGCAACAGCAACAAGUCACGCCGCAGUACUUCGCACACCACGCAAUCCCGCACGCGCAGGCUCCUCCAAACCCCCAGCCUGUCCCACAGGGACUACCGAGGACCGCGUCGCUGCACUAUAAAGCCAGCAUGCCGAAUCUCAGCACCGGCGCGUCGCCGCAAAACCCCGGUGUAAGUACCGGUGCGGGUAACAACAGGGUCUACGACGUCCGGCUCACGAUCCGGUGGCCGGGACGCGGGGAAUCGAAGAUCCUGGAGAGCGCGCGGCCGAGCGUGCGCGCUUUGCAGGAGAAGGCCGUCGCGUACGCGAGGACGCAUGCUGGGGCUUUUGAGAAUGGGAAGGUGGGGAGGUAUAUUUACCCGGCUACUGGUGUGGGUGGUGAGAAUGGUGGGAGUGGGAAUGGGAAUGGGAAUGGGAAUGUCACGCUUCGGGCUUGUGUGCGCAAGGCUUUCUUCAGCGCUGGCGAGGCGUAUGAUAUGAGUGCGUAUCGCGGCGAUGAUUUGACGAAGUUGUUUAGUGUUAUGAGUGCCGGUGGGAUUCCUAGGUUCGAGAUCGAGGUCGAGGCUGUCCCGCCUGGGUUGCAUUCGUUUAGACCUGGGAGUUGGGUUAGGGAUGAGGAUUUGGGUGAGGAUUUGAGGGAUGAGUAGGGGGUUUGGUGUUAGGUAGGUAUGGUUUGGGCGCUAGGUGUGGGAGUUACUUUCUCGGUUGGCCUUUGACUUUCAACUUACCACGCUCUCGCCCCCUUUUACGGGAGUGCUUGAAAAUUGGUGAGGGUGUCGAGUCUGCGAGUCGUUAGAUCUUGGGAGGUUUCUCUCUUUUCUUUUUUUGAGUUUCCUUCUUUGCAUUCAUGAUUGUAUGAACUUCUACUAUACUUCACGGGACUUUUACGACUCCAUUUCGAGGCUUCCCGUCGUUUCGCCAGAUGCUAAGACAUCGGGUGGAUGCCACAUCAAGAUGUCUUGAGCACUCUUACUUUUUUUCUCUUUCACAUAUCGGCGUUGUUCUCUCUACCUACUAGACUGCAACGAGACGAGGUGGACAUGGACGGGAGAUGAAAAGCAGGUGGUCUGUUUUCAUGUUUCUCGUUACGCUCUCGGUGCUGUUGAGUCUUUCGCGUGUAUUUACUAGGUACUUUCGCUGCGUUGGCUGGCUGGCUAGCUGGCAAUUUGUAUAAGUGUGUCUUUUAGAUGACCUAGAAUGUGAUUCCUUUCUCUAGUUAAGAUCCUUCACUGCCCCUUUACAUCUUAUAUCCGGGCCGAGCCGUUAGAUCAGAACACCGGGCUACAACUAUGCGUGUUGCUCUCUCGCUCCGUUGGCCGAACUUCGCUUUCUGGGACGUAUAAGGCGUGGACCCGGU